AUGAAUUAUCAGGACUCUCUGGGCGGAGGGUCAUACCCAAGCCUCUUUGCGCUGUGCCUGUCUUCGGUAUUGGCGUAUGUCGUAUUUACCUGCAUAUACCGCCUCUAUUUCCACCCACUCGCAUCGUUCCCCGGUCCAUUCUGGGCUCGCCUAACAGUGUUUCCAUCAUGGUGGCACACUCGCACUGGCGACAGGCAUAUUUGGAUGUAUAGCCUGCAGGAGAAAUACGGCCCUGAAUUCCGGUACCGUCCUGAUAGUGUCGUUCUCAAUACUCCGGCUGCUUUCAAGAAGAUAUUCGGACCAAAAGGCAAUGUCAAGAAAAGCGACUACUACAGUGUGUGGCCACGCAAUAUCAAGUCCAUCAACACCUGGAGCAGCACGACCAUCAGUCUUCACGCUCGCAAGCGCCGUGUGCUGAACUACGCAUUUUCCGAUGCAGCUUUGCGUGAUGCCGAAGUGUUCCUGCAUUCGAACCUGGACCGGUGGCUGGAACUGAUUGGCCAGCAAGCCUCAAAGGACGGUGAAUGGACCAAGCCAAUCAACAUGUGUGACUGGAUGAAUUGGCUCGUCUUCGAUAUCCUUGGUGACCUAUGCUUUGGCAAGAACUUCAAUAUGAAGGAGCCUGAGAGCGACCUGCGCCACAUUCCGGAGGUCAUGGCCUAUUACCUGGAAGUCAUCCACCCAAUUGCCUUCAGUCCAUUUGCUGGUUGGUGGGUAUGGCUAAAGCCUCGGGGUCUUGAUUGGCUCUUGUCCGUUGCAUCGCCCCCAACUGUUGUAAAGUGGCAGGAGUUCGUAACCAAGUGUCUUGAGAACCGCUCUCGGGAAGAGCAAGAGUUGGAGAGAAACCCAAAGCCCGAGGGCGAGGUCCGAAAAGAUUUCUUCCAUUGGCUCUUCAAAGCUGUUGAUCCGGAGACGGGGAAGCGCGGCUAUGACCUGGAUGAGCUGUAUGCUGAGUGCGAGCUGCUGACCAUUGCCGGCUCAGACACAACCUCGAUCGUCCUAUCUGCUGCCUUUUUCUAUCUUAUGAAGAAUUCCGAGAUUCAGGACAAAAUCGCCGACGAGAUUCGCUCGACCUUUGCAAACUACAGUGACAUCAAGUCCGGCAGCGAGAUUAUGUCGUGCAAGUAUCUCACAGCCUUCCUCCAGGAAGCUAUGCGCAUGACUCCACCUCUGGCUGCGGAGCCCAGCCGAGAGGUACUUCCAGGGGGCACCAGCGUCGACAACCACUUUUUCCCUGCUGGUCUUCAUGUGAGCACCGGCAUGUAUUGUCUCAGCUACAAUGAGAACGUGUAUCCCGAGCCCUUCAAGUUCCGGCCGGAGCGUUGGAUCGUGGACGAGUCUGGAAAGGAGGGUUCUUCAGCGGAAAGUGUGGCCCUGGCGGAGAGCGGCUUCUGUGCCUUCUCCUUUGGAACGCGUGGCUGCAUCGGAAAGAACCUCGCCUGGCUUGAGAUGCGGCUUGUUCUCGCAAAGACGCUCUGGAUGUACGAGGUGCAGGGAGUUGAAAACGACAAUCUCGGUGGAGGCGACCGCAAGGGUCCGCAUGGGCGGCAGCUGGAGGAUCAAUACCAGAUUUGGGACAUGUUUGUGGCCAACAGGAAGGGCCCAAUGCUGCGAAUGAGAAAGAGAUAACUUUGAGGUAUUACAUACCGAAGGAGUUCGUAGUGAGGGUGUAGCAUGUACCUGCAGACGAUGGGCGGCAGUCGUAGGCAGGCGUCUGCAUUCGUCCUAGUAGUGUCCUGACGUCAAUUGUGAAUGCCGGGGAAGGUACCAAGCCUCACGGCGUCUUCUGGCUCUUGCCCUCC